GAAGCGGCACGCCGAGCGAUACACUGUCCGAGAUCGCUUGUGCUUUUGCUGCAAAGCUCGCGCUGAGCAGAAGUAUAAUUAUUGUUAAUAUUAUUAUUAUUAUUAUAACCGAGGCGAGCUGUGAGGACAGGGGAGGGAAAAACUGGCGCAACUAUGCACCACGCGCUCUUUCGCGACUCCUAUUUAUGACUAUUAUCAAAUAUUGUUUUUUUUUUUUUCUCUUUCGCGCCCCUGCGGAUGCAAAACACCUGACAACCAACCAUCGAAUGUCGUCUUUAAGGUGACUCCAUGAGCCAGCGAUGGAGGCCAAAAGAUACCAAAGUCUCUUUGAGGGGAGCGAUACCGAGAACAGGUGGUCUCAGAUCCCCGGUGCCAUGGAGUUCUGCUCUGCCGCUGAGAGCUCCAGCCUGAGCGGCGCCGACGUCCCGAUGGACAGCGCCGACGCCAACGUCGCCGACCCCAAAGAGGGCGGCGGUAAGAAACCGGAGCAACCGCUGCUUUGUCCCCGAUCAAACCAGCACUUUGGCUUACCGCAUGUCGGCAACAGCUCCCUCCACGGUGCAAAGCCGGAAAUGGACUCCAAGGAGCUUUCCAAAACCGUGGCUGAGUCCAUGGGGCUAUACAUGAAUGCUGCCAGGGAGGCGGACUUUACCUUUGGACAGCACAGGGGCACAGGCAGCCCCGGAAAGAUGCAGUACCCGCUUUGCAGGCGGCCUCUCGACGAAAGCCACCGCGGCUCAGUCAAGAGUCCCAAGCUGAAAGGGUUUGCGUUCCAGCAGGCCGCCGGCGCCCCGGGUGACGGAGCCAUCUGCACCCCGGCGAGCUCCGCUUCCAUGCUGGCUUCGUCGCUGUGCGGCAGCCCCCAGACUUCCAGCCCGGGGGGCGGCAACAACACGGUGUCGUCCACCACCACCAGCCCCCCGGCGGGUUUCGGCCCAGCGUGCUCACCUGUCAGUCACCCGGUCCUGGUCGGCGCCAGGCAUAAGAAUUCGACGGCGUGCAGUCCCGUGGAGUCCAGCACCGUGGGCUCGUCGCCCCUCAUCAGGUCCCCCAUGUCCAGCCCGCGGAGUAUGACCAGCGUGAGGUCCCCACCAUCCUGCAGCGUCAGGUCGUCCGUCUCCAGCCCCAACGCCGUGCGGCACCCCGCCUCCAGUCCGGCCAAGGCCAUCGGGAGCCCACAGAACCCUUCCUCGGGAGGCUUCCUGGCAUGCAGUCCGGCCGGCGAACUGAGUCUGGCGAAGGGCGACACCCACAGCCCCGAAACGACGGGUCUGAUCAGCGAGCCCGACUUCAAGACCUUUGAGUUCCCCAAGGCGGAGAUGGUGGACGGGGAGGUGUUUAACGUGGGUUUGGACCAGAUGGGGAUGGUCAAGUACAUCAAGAACGAGCCAGGGACUGAUUUUAGGAGCAUGUGCUUGGGGGGCUCUAAAUGUGACUCCUCCAGCGUGCCAUUUAUCGCGCAAAUCAAGAAUGAACCCAACAAAAACGACGAGUGCAUGAACCCGCAGUCCUACGGCGACCACUCCCCGCCGCUCGGCCUCUUCCCGGCGUCCGAGACCACCUAUUUGUCCUUGAGGAAUAACGUAGACGAAUACAGCCUCGCCGGAAUCUUAGGACCCCCGGUGUCCCUCAACGGGAACUACGACCCCGACGUGUUCACCAACAAUGUCCUGUCCAAAGGCGUUAAGCAAGAGUCCAGCGACGGCGGCUACUACCAGGAGAGCAACGGUGUGCCCACGUCGGCCAUUGUUGGAGUUAAUUCCAGCGGACACUCAUUCCACUACCAGAUCGGCACGCAAGGAACAAUGUCCUUUGCGCGGCACGACGCCCGGGACCAGUCCAACCCCUUGUUGAAUCUAAUUUCGCCCGUGGCGGCGUUAAUGGAGUCGUGGAAGUCACGGCCGGGCAUGCCGCAGGGGUCGCUGUCGGCGCGGGGCGACGGAUACCCGGGUCAGAACUGCAUCGGUGACGUCAUGACGAGCUCGCCGCUGAGGCAACCUUCGUCGACGGCCAAGGUGUGCCUUGUGUGCGGGGACGAAGCGUCGGGCUGCCACUACGGCGUGGUGACGUGUGGCAGCUGCAAGGUCUUCUUCAAAAGGGCCGUGGAAGGUCAGCACAACUACCUUUGCGCGGGAAGAAACGACUGCAUCAUUGACAAGAUCCGAAGGAAAAACUGCCCGGCGUGCCGCGUACGCAAGUGUCUUCAGGCCGGGAUGAACCUCGGAGCCCGUAAAUCCAAAAAGUUGGGCAAGUUAAAGGGCGUCGGCGACGACCCGCAAGCGGGCAAGGAAAGCCAGGCGGAGGAGGAGCUGAACGCCGGCGCCGCCAACGGCGCCCUGGUGCCCCGCAGACCCAGCGUGGUCGCGCCUUUCCUGCCGCCGUCCAUCUGCAGCGUGCUGGAGUUCAUCGAGCCCGAAGAGGUGUACUCGGGCUUCGACAACACGCUGCCCGACACCGCCGACCACCUGCUGUCCAGCCUCAACUGCCUGGCCGGCAAGCAGAUGGUCCGCCUGGUCAAGUGGGCCAAAGUACUUCCAGGUUUUCGGGGCCUGCCCAUCGAGGACCAAAUCACGCUGAUCCAGUACUCGUGGAUGUGCCUGUCCUCCUUUAGCCUCAGCUGGCGCUCCUACAAACACACCAACGGACAGUUGCUCUACUUCGCCCCCGACCUCAUCUUCAACGAGGAUCGCAUGCAGCAGUCGGCCAUGUAUGAACUGUGCCUGGGCAUGAGGCAGGUGAGCCAGGAGUUUGUCCGGCUGCAGCUCACCUACGAGGAGUUCCUCUCCAUGAAGGUCCUGCUGCUCCUCAGCACAAUUCCCAAAGAGGGUCUGAAGAACCAGGCGGCGUUCGAGGAGAUGCGAGUUAAUUACAUCACCGAGCUCCGGCGGGCCGUGGGGAAGGCCACCAACAACUCCGGCCAAACCUGGCAACGCUUCUUCCAGCUCACCAAGCUACUGGACGCCAUGCAUGAUCUGGUGGCCAACCUGCUGUUCUUUUGCUUCUACACCUUCCGCGAGUCGCAGGCCUUGAAGGUGGAGUUCCCCGACAUGCUGGUGGAGAUCAUCAGCGACCAGAUACCAAAGGUGGAGUCGGGCCUCACGCACACCAUUUACUUCCACAAGAAGUGACCAGGGCAAAAGUAAUGACGAAAAAAAACCAACAACAACAAGAAACGCGCGACCGAGAACUCGGAGCAACGGCAAAGUGGGGGAAGCCUCGCGACUGAGCGAGCGAGUACCCGUAGCAUGCCGGCAGAACACGGUGGAGGAAAAAAAAAAAAAACAGGACCGGACUCAUCGGGUUGGAGUCGGGAAUAUAUCCCUCUGCCCCCCCCCCCCCCCCCCCCCCCCACGACCCCCCUGUGCACCCCAAAGACGCUUAAUAUCUUUUCAACGGAGAUAAAGCCAUACAUUUCCGAGGCUGUGCUAGCGCUACAUUCACGCUAACACACCACACAAUACAGAUGCACUUAAAAAAAAAAUCCCGAAAAUCACUCAAAUUAACGGUGGCUUAUGCAGUCUCUCACAUACAUAAAUCAAUAUCUAUACAGUAUAUCCAGAUAGUUAGCCAUUGCUUCGCAGGAGAUGUAAACCAGGACAACAACAAAGACAACACGCUCGACUAGAAGGCCAAAGGUCGCGUUGAAUAUCAUCCAAGGGCUACAAGUGUACAACACCGAAAUGCAUCACCGUCAGAUCACGGUCGAAUUCAAUUGGUGUCGUUAAAAAAAAAAAAAACAAAAAAAAAACAUUUUUAACGUAUACAGUCAAGUCCAAAAUGAUUCAUACCCGAGUGGAUUUGGGUGUAAUGUGGGAUGCAAAAGCGGGAAAAUAAACACUUGACCUCGCUUCUUUUUCCACAUACAUCCAUGUGAAUAAAGUUGUUUUACAGGAAACUGGGGGGGGGGGGCAUUUUAGGAAAGAAAUAAGAUAAUUAAGAUUUGUUUUUAUUUUAUGAGAAAAAAAAAUAUGAUCGAGAAGUGAAUGAAAAAUGCGUACAAUGGUAAAAACGUGUUUAGAAAAGUGCAAUGUAAGUGUAAUUAUCAUCGGUAGUCCUAUGUAAUUUUUUUUAUUUUUAAAGUACGAAUAUAAUAAUGCAGUACGUUAUAAAAUUUUAUAAAGUACUUUAUACGUUAUAAAGUAUGACAAAUAUUCAUUUAAAGUAAAUCCAAGAGGGAAAGAAAUUUGAAUUGAAAAAAACUAAGUGCCCAAAAAAAUUUGAAUAUUUAUUAUGUUGAGGGGGGGGAUAUAAAUUUUACAGGAAUGAAUAUAAUGAUUUUAAUUGUCAUUUUGGGAUUAAAAAAAAACAAUUACAGUGUUCACAACAAUAUAUGAAAAUAAACUAGUUGUACAAGAAACCAAUCAUUUGAAAAGUAUAAAGUUGUAAGCCUACACUGAAACGCUUUCAUUUUUUUACAAGAGCAAUCUAUCUUGAGUUGAAAUAUGGGAAUAAAGUCAUAACUUGAAAAUAUGUAUAAAAGUUUUUUUUUUUAUUUGCAAGAGUAAAGUUGAAACAUGAUGAGUAAUUUUUAUGAGUUGAAAACAUGGCUGACCCGCGAGAAGCCAUUUUUCAUCUUUUAGAUGAAUUUUUGAAAGGAAUCAAUUUUUUUUAGUCACUGUCUUGUCCCCUCACACGAUUCACCUCUGACUCCAAAUAUUCUGCGAGGGUAUGAAAUAUUUUGUGCUCAACUGUGCAGUGAAACAAUCCAAAACUAAUAUGCAAAAGGAUAAAACGCGAGGGUGUGCAACCGGGACAAUGUUGUUGAGUGAUUCCAUUUGCAAAAACGCAAGCGCGACCAAAUGCCGUUAAUGGAUUGGACGGACGGGCGCUGCUCGUUUUGAGUUCUCUCCGGAGCAGCUGGUCCAAUUCACGUCUGUUUCUACUCACAAUCUGACUAAGACAAGCCAGCCCUUUGUCACACCCCACUCUUCCUCAAAAUAAUACUAUUAAUAAAGCAUUUUUAUAAGAGUUGUCUUUUUUUUUUCCCCCACUUUCCUCAGACGAGCCGCUCCUUUUAAAUGAAGGUGCUUCAUUUUUUUUUUUUUUUUUACUGCCGGGCAAAAUAUUUGUACAGUGAUGUUUGAUUAAAUGAACAAUGCAAACACACACACAUACACCGUCGCUGCCCAACAUAAAUGUCACAAUUUUGUAAAUUAGCCCACUUUUUUUUCAUGAAUCAUCCCUCUCCACCCAAAAAAAUGUAGCAAAUCAAAAUGUUAUUUUACUUUUUUUGUUCGAAACAAAUACAAUGAUGGUUUAAAGAUGAAAACCCCCAAAACAUUGUUUUGAUGUCAGGCUGAAAAACAUUGAAUUUUUUUUUUUUUUGGAAGGGGGCAGGGGAAGAAAAUACAUUAUUUUUGUAGCAAAAAAUAAACAAUUGGUGGGUAUUUAUAUUUUUAACCAACCUCCCCACUGAUUUUUUUUUUACUGCAAGCAAAAAGCAAGACAGUACAUCUUACAUAUUUUGUCCUUCACCAAAAGCCCACGAAAGAACAAGUCGCUUUUUUUUUUUUGCUAAAAUUUUGAGCCAAAUUAGGUAGCACAGUGGAGGCUGUUUAGACCGUCUGCCUCAAAGUACUGUAAACCGGGGUUCAAAUCCCAGCCCCGCCUGUGUAGAGUUUGCAUGUUCGCCUGCGUGGGUUUUCUCCGAGAACUCCAGUUUCCUCCCACAUCCCCAAAACAUGCAACAUUAAUUGCACACCCUAAAUUGCCCCUCGGUGUGAUUGUGAUUGUGACUGUUGUCUGUCUCCAUGUGCCCUGCGAUUGGCUAGCAACCCGCCUCCUGCCUGAAGUUAGCUGGGAUAGCUUUCCAGCACUCCCGUGACCCUUGUGAGGAUAAGCGGCUAAGAGAAUGGAUGGAUGGGGCCAAAAUAUUCCCAGAUAAAUUUUCCCCUUAGUUUUAGUCAGAAAACUCCCACUAUAUAUGUUUUUAGUUAACCCUCACACCCCCCAAAAAGUGUUUUUUUGUAUAAUUUUUUUAGCCCCUGCCCCAAUUUUAUUUAUUUUAAAAAAUAUAUAUAAAUCAAAGGACAUUCUUUUUUUGUUUUAACUAGCAGCUGAAAAAAAAAAUUAUUUUAAGGGAUUUUUUUUUCCCUAGAGCCCCCUCUCCCCCCAAAAAAUUCUCAAUUUUGUCAAGAACAAAAAAAUAAAGAUUUGUGUUUCAAGUAAAAAAAAAUUUGUACAUCGAUGCGUUCAAGCGACGACACACACACACACACACCACACACACACACACUGUACAGUUGAUUUAAGACAGAGACUUAAUCUGCAGUGCUUAAUGUACAGCUACUAAUGAACUAGUGAGAGCUCUUGUAAAAUUUGUAGGUACACUUGACCAUUCACAGUAUGAUUUUGUACACUUGUUGCGUCCAACGACUGCGAGUGAUGCUACUGAGGGGCAUUAAGAGAGCAGCCCCCACCCCCUGAACCUAAAUGCUCCUUUCCAUGAUUUCAGUGUGAAAAGAGUAUGAUUUGCAUUUUUUUUUCUUCUGUGGAUUAGCCAUAUUUCUUUUUUUUUGUUUGUUUUUUUUGCACAAAGGAGCUACGGUUGUAAGCGAGAGAAGCAACUAGCGAGGUCGGUCGGACGUAAAGAAUCGGGACAUCCCUCCGUGUUCGUCUCGGAUACAGUGGAACCUCCAUCAUGUCGCUUGACUUCCAACUUGUCGUCAUUUCUAUCGGAAUGUUUCCCCCAUAAGAAAUUAUGAAUAUUAACGUUUUGCCAACAUAAAACUUUUAGCUGGUGGGUUGAAUGAUCCUAAUAUAAAUACAGAAUAGAAAUGAUGGGAAACAGUCAGGUGAGAAAAUACUUUACAGGUUAAAAAAAAAAAAACAUUUAAAGAACAACAUUGCAAUUUUCAUUUGAAAUAUCUGAAAUUGUAAUUUCCAUUUUACAGGAAAAAAGAUUUGCCAAGGAAACAUCAUACAUGUACAUGGUAGAAGAAACUGAUUGUUUCCUGGUCGCAUUAAAAAGCUUGUCGCUGGGGAGAAUUUAUGGGAUGGAGGAAAAAAAUAAAUAAAAUUGGCAUUCAGCAGUUAUGCAGUCCCCAAAACCCUUUAAAAAUAUAUUUAAACAAGCAUUUAAUAUCCUAUGCACAAUUUACAAGUGUUCCUCGCAUAAUUGGGAACCACUUGUUGGGAAUUUACCUAUUUGCAAAUUUUGGGGAGAACCUAUCCUCAGUUGCUCACAGAAAAACUAACCUAUUUGCUGUUUUCUGUGCUUGAGCCAAUGCCGUUUUGCGUAAAAUGCACCAAUGAACCAUGUUGAAGUAAACUGAGACGCUUCCUUUAGCAUUUUCUGGCAUCUUUGUGCCAAGAAACUUAGUUGGCGUUGAGGAAAUUUAUUUAGACUAAAUUGUUUUUUUUUUUUACCCCAUCUUGUCACAAAAUCAUGUUUGAAUGCCAACUGUUCCACUUUGGAGGUUCCACUGUAUCCGUGAAAAACAUAAACAGCGAAGUGAUCAUGUUUGUUGCGAGGAACCCUCAAAUUAAUCCCGCCCCCCCAACCCCCAUGUGUUUGUCCUUUGUAAGGAAUCACUGCUAAUGUCUAAAUAUGGUCGAAUGGGAAAGUAUUUUUGAGAGAAUUAUAUUUUGCUGGAAAAUAUUUAAGUACUUUUGUCUUAAAAAAAAAAGCCAACUCCUUUUUGUAAGAUGUUGAUAAAUGCAUGCGUUUUGAUGAUAACGAGAUGUUUACAUUGUAUUUAAGGAAAAAAAAAAAAGAACGAAAAAAGGGAAACUUGUGCCUUUUUUUGAUCGCACCUGAUUUAAAGUUUAACACUAUUGUACAUAGUACAAAAAAGAAUCUUUUUCUGUUGAGUGUAAAACAUUUUUACGGAAUGAUGUGUUGAACACCCCCCCCCCCCCCACACACAC